UAUAGAGCUUCGUUUAGUUUGGUAUAUACGUAUACCCGCAAGAUACAUACACACGCCACAAGAUUCCUUUUCUACUGUUGGGUGUAAAACCAAAAAAAUGUUACUUACUACAGUUUUAAAGAAGCCAGAGAAUCUUGCAACAAAGCUGGAAACGGAUAGUGGGACGGAAAUAUUAUGGGGUCGGAGCCGGACAGACAUAAUAUGCUCCAUUUCCGAAUCGAGAAGUGAAAUAAAUUUAAAUACCAUGAGUCUACAAUCCAAAAAGAAACAGACGACGACAAAAGAAUUAGUUUUAUCUGCUGAUGGGGAUGUUGACGACCUUGAUUACUGUUUAUUGUUUUAUGAUGGACACAUGUUUGCUACAAUUAUAGAAGAUACUAUAAUUAAAUUACGAAUUUUAGACGGAUGCGGUACUGAACUGCAGACGACUAAGACACUCGCGGAUUUUGAUGCACUGCUCAGAUUACGGUUUAACGUGGCAGAUUCGUCGCUUCCCACAGAUGAAAUAUUUGACAUCGACCCAAACAAAGUAGAUACUAUUGGGAAGAAAACACAUAAAAUUUAUAAAGACAGGUCAUCCCCAAUUGAUUGUUAUAUUACCUUAAAUGCUUCAAUAUGCAAUUUUUUCUUAAUUUGCAUUUUUUACCAGGACUGGAAUUUAUGUUUCGACGAAUUGAAAGAUCGCGUAAAUGACAUCCGGGACCAAAAAGAUAGUUUCAAGAUUUUGCAGGAAACUCAAGCUAAGAAUAAAAUUAUACGAAAGGAGUUACAAAAGCAGUUGAGGAGUCAAAGGAAUCGCAUGAAAGCAAUAAAAUACGAUAGUGAUGUUUCAAUAGACAAAUUAUUAAAACAAAUUGAAGAUACAAAUCUAUUGACAGAAAUACGAGGCCGAUAUGUUGAUAAUUGGGAGAAUGCUCGAAGUGAACAGCACGUCUUGACUACUAAAAAAAAAGAAGCUAAGUUAAUCAAAAGCUCAAACUAUUACAAAGUCAACGCAAAUAAUGAGCACAGAGUUCACGCAGAAAUAGAGACACUAACGAACAGAAUUAUCUCGGAUACUCUAAUUCAAACAGAAGAAUGGAUGGAAAAAUACGAUACAGAUAUGGAAGCAAUAGAUAUUAAAAUACAUAUUCAACGCAACGAAUACGCAAAUGUGAUAGAAAAAAGAAUAGAUCUUGAACAAAUGUUUGCUUUACAUGACAAACAAAUAUGGGAUUGGAAGGGGUUCAAAGAAGAGCGCGAAAGACUACAAUGGUACCACGACACAAUGCAAAAGUCUGCUAUCAUACUUCAAGCUUGGUGGCGUGGAAUAAUCGUGCGCAAACAAUUGGGUCCUUUUAGACCAAAAAAGAAAGUUCGUUCAAAGAAGAAGUAG